AUGAGAAGUCACGCCGUAACAAUGCCAACCACUUCGGCCUACAGCUGGCCUUGGUCCUCUCAGGGAGUGAACUUUACAGCUAAUCACAGCAUCCCAACGCCACACACCAUGUCAGGAACAUCAGAUACUGACUGUGUCAUGGAUGAGAAACUGCUCUCUAGUGUGUUAACAGUAUCCUUCUCUGUUAUUUUCAUCGUGGGACUGGUUGGAAACAUAAUCGCCCUCUAUGUAUUUCUGGGUAUCCACCGCAAGAGAAACUCCAUUCAGAUUUACCUACUGAAUGUAGCCAUUGCAGAUCUCUUACUGAUCUUCUGCCUGCCUUUCCGCAUAAUGUAUCACAUUAACCAGAACAAGUGGACACUCAAUAUGAUCCUUUGCAGGGCUGUGGGAACACUAUUUUAUAUGAACAUGUACAUUAGCAUUAUUUUGCUUGGAUUCAUCAGUUUGGAUCGCUACAUAAAAAUCAAUCGGUCUAUACAACAACGGAAGGCAGUAACAACCAAACAAAGUAUUUAUGUUUGCUGUAUAGUAUGGACAGUUGCUCUUGCUGGAUUUCUAGCUAUGAUUAUAUUAGCCCCUAAGAAAGAAGGCCAUGAUUCCAAUAAUUCCACAAUGUGCUUCCAUUAUAGAGAGAGGACGAAUGCCAAGGGAGAAGCAAUUUUUAACCUCAUUCUUGUGGUAAUGUUCUGGCUAAUUUUCUUACUAAUAAUCCUUUCAUAUAUUAAGAUCGGCAAGAAUCUACUGAGGAUUUCUAAAAGGAGGUCCAAAUUUCCCAACUCUGGUAAAUAUGCCACCACAGCUCGGAAUUCCUUUAUUGUACUCAUCAUUUUUACUAUAUGUUUUGUUCCGUAUCAUGCCUUCCGAUUUGUCUAUAUUUUUUCACAGCUAAACAAUCCACCUUGCUAUUGGAAGGAAAUCGUUCACAAAACCAACGAGAUCAUGCUGGUCUUCUCGUCUUUCAAUAGUUGCUUAGACCCAGUCAUGUAUUUCCUGAUGUCCAGUAACAUCCGCAAAAUAAUGUGCCAGCUUCUUUCUAGACGCUUUCAAGGGGAAGCGAGCAGAAGUGAAAGCACGUCAGAAUUUAAACCAGGGUACUCCCUGCAUGAUACAUCUGCUGCAGCUAAAAUUCAGUCUCCUUCUUAA